UCUGCCACCCUCACCAUGAAGAAGUUUCUUCUCUGUUUUAAAGCAUCAGCAGCACAAAGCGGGGAAUCCCGUUUUUUUAGGAAGGUGUCUCCCCCACUGCUCUCCACACACCCGGGUUUCCUCCCCAGCUCCCUCACCCCUCUGCAGCUCAGCCGACAUACCCCGAUUCCCGCCUGGGGAGCUCUGCCGCGCUGCGGUACCACACACCGGAGCGCCGCGCUGCGAACCCCGCUCCGCCCGGCUGCAGCCGGGAGCAGUGAGGCCCGCCCGCCCCGGCUCUCACCUGCGCGCAGGGCCGGCGGCCGGGCCGCCCCGAGCCGCCACCGCGCCUGCCCGCCGCCGCUCCCUCCGCCGCGGCCUUCCGGCUGCCGAGCGCCUGCGCGCCAGCCCAGCAUGGCCACGCCGGCCAAGCGGCGGGCACAGCCCCAGCUCCCGGCCGGGGAGAGCGGCUCGGAGUCGGGGUCGGAGCCGGAGUCGGAGUCGGACUCUGAGGAGGAGGAGAGGAUCGAUGAGGAAGUGAAUAUUGAAUUUGAAGCACAUUCCAUGUCAGACAAUGACUACAAUGGGAUAAAGAAAUUACUGCAACAGUUGUUUCUAAAAGCUCCUGUUAACACGGCUGAGUUAACUGAUAUAUUAAUACAACAGAAUCAUAUUGGAAGUAUUAUCAAGCAAGCAGAAGUCCAAGAAGACAGUAGUGACGAUGAAGAUGAUGAUGAUGAAGUCUUUGGUUUUAUAAGCUGCUUAAACUUAACGGAAAGGAAGGGUACACAGUGUGCUGAACAAAUCAAAGAGCUGAUUCUAAGUCGGUGUGAGAAGAGCUGUGAGCAACAUGUAGUUGAACAACUGAGUAAGAUCCUAAAUGACAGUAGUAAGCCUGUGGGUCUUCUACUAAGUGAAAGAUUCAUUAACGUCCCACCACAGAUUGCUCUGCCCAUGCAUCAGCAGCUUCAGAAAGAGUUGACUGAGGCACAGAAAACAAACAAACCUUGUGGAAAGUGCCACUACUAUCUCCUUAUCAGCAAGACCUUUACAGAAGCCACAAAGAACAAUUCUAAGAGGAAGGAAGGGAGAAGUCAACAAAAGGAGGAGUUAAUGUUUGCAAAUGCAGAGGAAGAAUUCUUUUAUGAGAAAGCCCUUCUGAAGUUCAGCUACUCUGUGCAAGAGGAAAGUGACACCUGUUUGGGUGGCAGGUGGUCCUUUGAUGAUGUCCCAAUGAAGCCUUGGCGGACUGUUAUGAUAGUUGCAGCUGAUGGAAUGGAUGUAAUCAUGGAGAAACUCAGAGACUAUCUCUCACUCUGAACUUUCCUGGAGACACCAUUUUUUAUAAGGCAGCCGUGCAGAACUGUGACUUCACAAUAUUUUCAGAAGACUGCAGUUGAGUUAAUGGAAUUGUGCUGCUCAAAUGCUUCCUCUGUACACUUAGAAGACAAGUAGGUGGUACAAUGGAAAAUAUCCAUCAAAGUAAUAUUUUUAAAUAUCGUAUGUUAUUAUAUUUUGGUAUCAUCGUUAAGCAGUCAAUAAAAACCUAAUGUUACAAGGAAA